CUGGCCUGCCGUCACUGUGGGCUUUUCGUUCUCCAUCAGUUGAAUGCCCACAAUAAUGAUCAGCGCACAUGCUGUAAGAUGCAGCGAGCAUGUGUCCACCUGGCCAGCUGCAUGCAAGUGUAUGUCACUGAAGGGGAGGAGGAUACCUUAACCGGACUCUUCAGUGUGAGGCUGAAAUAGAACCAGUGCUCCCCUCUCUCUAUCCUUCCCCCCCACCUCUCUCUUUUUCCUCCACUCUCUGUCUCCUUCUCGGUGGCUGGCCAAGCUCCUCUCCUCUGUGUCCUGCUCUCCACCUGGCCUCCAUGAGUUUAAUUGAGGACAAGCCAUUCCUCCCUGGAAGAUGGGAAAUGCUUCAGACACGUCUGCUGUGUUUACCUCCACCAUCUCCAAGGAGCAUGACAUCUUCAUGGGUUCAGUCUACAGCUUAUUCUGUGUACUGUCCAUCAUAGGCAACUCCACACUGCUACUUGUUGCUUAUCACAAGCGGUCAACCUUGAAACCAGCAGAGUUCUUCAUCAUCAAUCUCUCCAUCAGUGACCUUGGGAUGACACUCACUUUACUUCCACUGGCCAUACCAUCGGCGUUUUCACACAGGUGGCUGUUUGGAGAAAUCAUCUGCCAGGUGUAUGCUAUGUGUGGAGUGCUGUUUGGUCUCUGCAGCUUGACAAACCUCACAGUGCUUUCCUUAGUGUGCUGCCUUAAAGUCUGUGUCCCAAACCACGGUAACAACUUCUCCUCGUCACAUGCCCACCUCCUGGUGGCUGGAGUUUGGUGUUACGCGUCUGUGUUUGCUCUGGGGCCACUGGCACACUGGGGACAUUACAGUCUUGAGCCUUAUGGGACAGCGUGCUGCAUUGACUGGCAUGCACCCAACUAUGAGCUUUCAGCUUUGUCUUAUAUUAUCUGCCUUUUCUUCUUUUGCUAUGUAGUCCCCUGCACUAUCAUCUUCCUCUCCUACACUUUCAUUCUGCUGACCGUGCGAGGCUCACGUCAGGCCGUCCAGCAGCAUGUGUCACCACAGGCCAAGAGCACCAAUGCACACACUCUCAUUGUCAAGCUGUCUGUAGCAGUGUGCAUAGGCUUCCUGGCUGCUUGGUCUCCAUAUGCUGUCGUGGCCAUGUGGGCUGCUUUCGGGGAUGCCACGCAAGUUCCUCCUGCUGCUUUUGCCCUUGCUGCAGUGUUUGCCAAGUCUUCUACCAUCUACAACCCUAUGGUCUACCUCCUGUGUAAGCCCAACUUUCGCGAGUGUUUAUACAGAGACACUUCGAUGUUACGACAGAUGAUCUACAGGGGCAGUCCGCAGUCCGAGCCGAAAGAACGAUUCGGAUCCACAUCACAGCGCAACAAGGACAUGAGCGUCUCCACGCGCUUUUCAAAUGGACAGCAGGAGAGCUACGGGGCGUGUCUGCACUGCACUGACAAUGCAGCUCUGUGUCAUGUGACACCCCAAAGGACUGCCUGCAUCCUGACUGGAUCCACCUACACAGAGGUGACAGUCGGCCAACUCUCAGCCAAACCACAGGCCGAGUUCCUCUAGUGGAACAGCCUGAUUCUUUCAUAAAGCAAACAAAGGACAACACGUGAUCAAAAAGACAAAGAGGUUACUGAACAAUAAAGUCUCAAUGAGACUUCACCACCUUUGCAAGGACCUUUCAUGUCAUCCUUUCUGAGUGACUCUUUCAUUGUGAAAUGAAAACAUGAUACAAAAACUUCUCAGAAGAUUUGCCACAAAAAAGUAUACUUGCAAUGUCUUGACGUCUACUUCUGUGUCAGCUUGUUUCCUGUUUCAUUUAAAUGUGCAGUAAUUUAACAGGAUUCCAAGAGAGCAGAAAAUGAGACAGCAGAACCCCCUCCAGCUUAAAGGUUAAUUAGGAAAAUGUGUACCUCAGUGUGCAUCAUGAGGAUAAACUAUGUUUAAUAUUCCACCAGCGCCAACUGAGUAUAUUAUAAGAACGCAUUGCAGUCAAGGACUCUGAAAAAGAUUGUUUAGGUUUCUUUACAUUGAGGACCGUGAUACUGUACGUAAAGGGGUAUUCAACCUAAAAUGAUCAAGUAUUCACCGCCUGUAGGAGUGAAUGUCUGAUCUAAUGUUUUGUCCUUGUCAAUAGUGGGAUGUACUGUAACUGAGACAUAAAAUCAAACUGGCAGCUGCAGUUUUCUGGGAUGAACAACACAACCAAAUUUCCCCACUUCGUCCAGUCUGCAGGGUCUUUGAGAGGUUUAAUGUUAGAGAGAGUGCUGUAAGCAGAAGAUCACUUCAGUCAAGAGGCCUGUACUUGCAGGGCUCCAGUGCAGCAUAUAACCUGCAGUCAUUUUCUAAACAGAGACUGUAGAACAAAAUAGUUCCACAUUAAUUUGUACAUAAGUUUAGAUUUUUAUUUCAUAAAAAGCACUGCAUGUGACUCCCUUUGGUUUACAGAAACUCCCAUUUCAGUUGUGGGGCCUCGCUUCUCUUCUUAUUUAGAUCUUAGCAAACCAAUAUUAAAGGGAACCCACGCUAUUAAGAAAACUUAAUAACCUGUCAUUUCAAAUUAUUCUAUUUAAACAAUCGACUGAUUAGGAAUCAAGGAAAAUCAGUUUCAGCAAUAUUUUACAUCAGUACAAAGAGAAAGAUUUCCAAAGUAGGCCAUGGUUAAGACUGAAGGUCCUUGAGAAUUAUUUUGCUUUACAGAGAUUUUGUCUUGCAGUUUAUUUUCUGCUAAAAAUAUGCAUUUACAUCCAUCAGUUAAAAAAGCGAUUCCUUUACAGCAACGAUGAUGUCUUUUCAUCCAUGUCAAUGCAAAAAUACAAAGAACUAUGUUAGAUUUAAUUUUAGUUUCUUUUAUAAUGUGGUCCUGCGCUGUGUGACAUCAUGUGUAUGUAUAUAUGUUUAAAAAGUAUCAUGUAUGUAAAAGUUCUUGUUUAGUAUUAUUUACUAAAAACACAAAAACAAACGGAUCAUUGCACUGUUUUGGGGGCACAGAAAGUUGCAUCAUCUGACAGAAAGCGAGAUUUCAGAAAGAUUGAAAUAAUUUCAAAUUAUUCAUAAAAACACUUUAAAACAUGAGGGGAAAUUGUAAACACAAAUUUUACUGAAAACGAUCGUAGAACAGAGAUUAUAAUCGAAUGUUUAAAAUCAGCUCUUAUUUUCUGUGAAUGAGGCAAUCUUUAAUUUUUUUUUUUCCGAGCACUUUAAUUAUCUGUGAGGAAGCUGCUUUGCUGGGUGUUCAUUAACUUGGGAGCACAGCAGGUUCAAAUUUACUGCCAAUGCAAUUUUCCAUAAAGCAGUUUAUUGACAUUAUAGGAGACACCUCUGUUUAAAAUUCCUCGGAUGGUGUGCAUGUUGAGCAUGAAAUUUGCUCUCAGUUUUUAGAGAACUGCAUUAGCGUUUUUGUGAAGAAGCUGGAUUUGAAAAAUGAAGCCAAAUCAUCCAAAUGUCCUGCUUGUCCUGCAGUGGAUAUGGCAUUUCUGGAAGGGAAAAAGGCAUAAAUAAAUGAAUAAAUAUUGGUCUGAAUGAGGAUAACCUUGGACAGCUUUGGUUUUAGGACUUGAGAAACAACCAUCUUUGUGUGCCACACACAACAUUUCAGGAGAAAUCUUUCUGAGAAGGCUAAUCAAAAAUCAAAAUUCACGUUGAUAGCAAAGCUGCAACUGUGAGGUUGCCUUUCCUAUGACGAUUACAUGCAUGUGCGUUUUAAAACAUAUAGGAAGCCCCAUCUCUGUAAUGAAAAGUAAAAUCUAUAGGGCAUAUGACCUAAAGUGAUGUACUUGUAUUUUUUGCUAAACUGAGCUGAAAUGAAAAUCUUAACCGCAAUCCCAACAGGGAGCACAAGAAAAUAUGCAUGAAGGAUCAACUUAGAUGCAAAGUAAUUUAUUUUCCCCCAGUUUGAAAAAAAAAAGUGCCUGUAGGAUAAGCUUUCACUGGCAACCAAUAUAGGGAAGCAAUGAGAUACAGCCAGAGGAGGAAUUAAAAGAAAAAUAACUGAUAUGGCACAUCGCAUUAAGAGAAACUGGCAGCAUAGUCCUACUUGGGUGCAUACUGUAGCUGGGUGCAUUUUUGAAACUGUGUAUAAAAACAAUUAUUUACCUUUUUGAUUACUGAGACUAAUCAUGUGAGAUUCUUCAUUCUGGUCCGUGCAGUCUGUUUGUAGAGCCAGAUGGAAAUUGAUCGGUAAACAUGAUUGAGAUUAUUACUGAGUACACAGUUUUACCAUUAAAGACUAAGUUUACCCAGCACAGCACUCAAUUAUGAAAUAAAGCUUCAAUUCAACAGCCACUUCAGAAAUAAUC